AUGCAUGAUCCUGCCGAUGAGGAUGCCCUGUGCUGCAAUCUUGCAGCCCGCUUCGAACGCCAGCUCGACGAUGUACAGCAAGCCUACACCGCUGCAUCUCGCAAUGUCUGUACGGUCUUACGACGACAAUAUAUCAACACUGUCCACCCAACAUCAGAGCGGCCGCUGUGCAAGCUGCUUUCCGAAGAAGCACUGGUGAAAACUCUAGGCUUGUUGCCCUUGGAAGUCGGCUUUCUGACCCUCGCCCGCGUCUACGACGAGUGUCAUGUGGCUCUGUGCAAGACUCUUGCAGCGGCUCGAAGAGGACGACCUCACCACGAAUGUUUCAGACACAACCCCUGCGUAGAUCUCCGACCUCUAACGGAUCGCCUCGACCAGCAACGGAAUGCUAUCAACGACCAAGUCAUACUCGAGCCCACCUUAAAUGAGGACAUCCCCAUGAGAGCCGUGUGGAGGCCCGUCCUGCUCAUGUCUUUCAGUCAAUUACCUAGAGUUCGGUCACUUUCCAGUUUGCUACCAGGAGAGAAGUCCUCUAGUCACGAGUACGCUGGAGUUGGAGGUGGGGGAGGAUCUGAUAUCAUUAGCGCCAGCCUGCUCGGCCAUCUACUACGACGGCAUAACAAGCAGAUGGAGCUUCUGGUAUCGACUCGUACUUGGGCGACUGGAUCACAGGGCAAGAAAGGUUCCAAGCUAGGAAUCAAGCGCGAAGUGUAUCAACAUGAUGGCCCGGCACUCGGAGCAGAUGGACGAGCUGUUCCUGGGACUUUUCGAGUCAAGACUGACACAUAUGCAGAGGGACGAGACCUCGAAACCAUUCCGCUUCAGUACCACGGGAAGACUUUUAUAGUACUUGACCAAGGCGAGUCAACCUCUGAUAUUCCCGCAGGUGACAAGGCAGAGCUCAAGGAUCAGUUCCAAGCCGUGCUCGCUCAAGCGGCGCACCCUAUAAACACUGUACUCAUUGUGGAUACGGGUGGUGAUGUCUUUGGCGCCGACAAAGCCGGCGGAACCACACCAGAUCAAGACUUUCGCGUACAGAAGGCAAUGGCGUCGCUGUUCCCCAAGUACAAUCUCGUCACUGCUGUAGUGGCUCCGGGAGUCGAUGCACCGGAAGACGCUCCUCUCAAAGCAUCGAAAGCUGGUGGCAUGGUCUACAAGCCAACGCCAGACGAACAGACGAUGCUCCUCGACCUCUUGAUCAACAAGUACAAGAUGGACGGAUCCGAUCCGAGCCGAUUUGGCAAGACGAUAUUGGCAUUGCAGGCACGACUCAAGGGGAUUAUUGGUUGGACGUCUCUGGAUCUUCCUGCGUACGUGGUUGACACCUGGGACAAUCCUUGGAAUAGCUUCGUGUACAUUCGAGAGUGCAUGAGCGAUAUCAUCCUGAUGCCAACCAUCGAGUUGCUCCCGUUGAUUGAACCGAAGAAACAGGAGCCAGCUUUGUGA